CUUUUUGUAUGUAGAUGUGCCCCAGUAACUGUCCGAAUCUCCAUGUAAUAAUACAGUGACGUGGUGCCGCUGGACAAGGCUGGCCGUUCCUGUCCAAGGAGAACCCUUACUCAGCAACUUUUCUAAAACUCUCCGUCAUCAUCUGCGGGAAAUACUGUGUUACAACUAAUCUUCAUUACUAGUAACUGUAAAUAAAACAUGACACUAGAAGCGGACUCUCCAUCCACCAGCGAAAGGCUGUCUGCGACUAACAACGACCACAAUAAGCUAGACGACAAUGCGCAGCCUCAGCAGAGGCCCAAGGAGGACUGGUUUGCCUGGCUGCAAGUCCUCGGAGCAUUUUGCUUAAACCUGAAUACAUGGGGCAUCAUGAACUCGUACGGCGCAUUCCAGACCCUGUACCAGCUUAACAACCUCAACACCUCCUCCAAUAUAUCUUGGAUCGGCUCCACGCAGGGUUUCCUUCUAUUUUUUGUAUCUGUCUUUGCUGGGCCUCUAUUCGACGCAGGAUACCUUGCCGCGCUGCUCUGGGGAGGUUCUGUAUUGGUGGUUGUAGGCAUGUUCCUACUAAGCAUCACCUCAGAGUACUAUCAAAUCUUUCUUACCCAGGCUAUCAUGAUGGGACUGGGUUUCGGCUGCUUGUAUCUGCCCGCUCCAGCCGUGGUUUCACAGUACUUUGACAAACGAACUGCUUUGGCCAUGGGGGUUUCAUCUGCAGGUAGCGCAAUUGGCGGCGUUAUAUUCCCUAUCGCAUUGACACACAUCAAAGACUCUAUCGAUUUCGGAUGGGCUACUCGUGUUCUGGGCUUUAUUCUCCUUGUAACAUGCCUGAUACCGGCAUGUGUUAUGAAAUCUCGUUCUCCUCCCAGAACCGGCGGUGCGUUGAUUGACUAUGCAGCCUUCAAAGACGUCCCAUAUCUCCUGCUAUGCUUUGGCCUCAUGUUUGGCUACAUGGGACUGUACAUUGUCUUCUACUAUAUUGAACUGUAUACGCUAGACCAGACAUCAGCAAGCAAAGGUGUCGCUGACUAUGUCUUGGUUAUUCUCAACAUUGCCUCACUGCCAGGCCGCGUUAUUGCAGGCUAUUAUGCUGACAAAAUUGGGUCUGUUAAUAUCCUGGCAUUGUUAGUACUGAUUUCUACAAUCAUGACGGCAUGUCUUUUGGCUAUUGGUACGUCGGCAGGCGUCAUUGUCUAUUGUAUUCUGUAUGGCUUUUUCUCUGGCGCUUUUAUGGGUUUACCUGCUGCGGGAGUUAUUAAUCUUACCGACGACAAGAGCAAAAUUGGGGCUCGGUUAGGUAUGACGCUUGGGGUAGUGGGUGUUGGCGUCCUCAUCAGCAAUCCCAUCGCAGGUGCCAUCCUAGGUGAAGAGAACAAUUGGAAGGGUUUGGUAGGUUGGUGCUGUGCGUUACUCGUCGCUGGCACUGCGAGCAUGAUGGCAAGCAGAAUUAUUAAGAGCGGUGCUGGCAUCUCCAAGAUAUGACACGAUGGUAGGCAUGUAUUCAGUUUCUUGUAUUAUUGGUUAUUUCGUUGAGUGUAUUUUUUCCUUUGUACAAUUACCUCAUAGACCUGCUACUUUGAUAAGGACAGACUUUGUUUCCAUAAAUGUCUCCAUACUAUGAAGGUAGCUUUCUCUCUGAAGGCCACUGCCCUUUUGACCACCAAAUGGCAUGUCGUCACCCUUGGUCGGACUCGUGCAGUUGACGCCAACUGUACCGGCUUCGAGUCUCGAGGCGACUCUCAUGGCACGGUCCAAGUUCUUGGUGUAGACAGCCGCAUAUAGACCAUGCUCUGUGUCGUUGGCCUUUGCUAUGGCCUCUUCUUCUGUAUCAAAUGGAUUGAUGAUGACGAUGGGACCGAAAAUCUCGUCCUUCAUAAUCUGAGCAUCUUCCGGGACAUUGGUAAAGAUGGUGGGGUUGAUAUAGAGACCCGAUGCUGACUGCUCGUCCGUGACUAAUGUUCCACUCUCCUUACCCAUUUCUAUAUAGCGAAGGACAGUAGCAUGUUGGAUCUUAUCCGCUUGUGGGCCGUGAUUAAUGGCUGGAUCCGUGGGGUCUCCAAGACGAGCCGAUGUGAAAGCGACUUUGAACCUUUCGAGGAAUGACUCGGCAAUGCUGCGGUGGACGUAAAUGCGGGAGUUGGCCAUGCAAGUCUGGCCACUUAUAAGUUGGAUACUGAACUGCGUUUCGCGGACCGCAGCCUCAAUAUCUGCAUCGUCGAAGAUGAUUGCAGGCGACUUGCCACCCAGCUCGAAGACUAGCUUCUUCAUAUUGGAGUCAGUGGCCAUCUUAGAGAUGAGCCUACCUGUGCGGUUAGAUCCGGUAAAUGAUAGAACGCGGACAUCCAUGUGGGACGCAAGUGCGGCGCCUGACAGUGGACCAUGGCCAGAGAGAACAUUCAAGACGCCCGGCGGGAAACCUGCUUUCAGUGCGAGAUUGGCAACAUAGAGG